GUCACGUGGGCGAGUCGCCGCCACGGAGGAGACGCCGGGCCCGGUCACGUGACCCCGGCCCCGCUUCGCACGGGGAUGGAGCCGGAAGAGGGGCCGCCCCUGUGGCGGCUGCAGAAGCUGCCGGCGGAGCUGGGCUCGCAGCUUCUUCACAAAAUAAUUGAUGGCAUUUGUGGCCGAGCUUAUCCUCUCUACCAGGAUUAUCACAGUGUUUGGGAAUCAAAAGAAUGGAUGAAUGUACUAGAAGAUAUAACAAAAUUUUUCAAAGUGGUAGUUGGUAAAAAUUUGUCUGAUGAAGAGAUAUUUCAGCAAUUGAAUCAGUUGAACUCAUUUCAUCAAGAAGCCAUCAUGAAAUGCUUGAAAAGUAGGAAAGAUGAGAUCAAGCAGGCUCUGUUAGGAGAAAUAGUUGAUAUUUCCUCUGCACAGUUACUGGAUUUUGAUUGGCAAUUAAAGCUUGCACUUUCUAGCGACAAGAUUGCUGCAUUACAAAUGCCACUUUUAAAUCUUCAUCUAGAUGUAAAAGAAAAUGGUGAAGUAAAACCGUAUUGUAUUGAAAUGAGUAAAGAAGAGCUGCAGAAUCUCAUACAUUCCAUGGAAGCAGCUUAUAAGGUGGUCCUGCAGUUGAAGUAACUGGAGGUGGUGAACACCGGCACUGAGAUUUCACUGCUGCAGCGAUACGGCAGAGGAUGCUGUGUGUUCAGAAACCCGCGACGUGCUGACUGCUGCACUGGGCUGAGAGGGCAGCAGUGUUGAGAAUACGAAGAUAACAGUUUAUCAAUAUCUCUAAAGAACAGGAAAUUACAUGGUUGACAGGAAAUGCUAAAAUGAAAGAUGAAAAAUCUAUAGUAGCUGUUUAUAUUUUCAUAACGAUUGUUUUGUCUCAUUAAAUAUUUGCAGGAUCUUUAUAGAUACAUACUUUUAUUGAAAGCAAAAAAUAGGUUCUAACGUAAUGUAAACAUACAAAGCACAGAUAUACUUGAAUAUGGCUUGAUUUAUGUGAAUAGCAAGGACAUAUAUUAUGGAUAUAUAAUUUGUGAUAUUUUAAAAAAUUACUUUGUAAAAGAAUGUAUAAGCUGCAUAUAUAACUCAGGAGAUUACAUAUCUUAUAUUUCAAAGGAAAGAUUAUAAAAUUAAAAUAUCUUGGAGAACAGCUCUUCAUCAGACAUGAACAAGAAAAAAUACUCCAAAUUUGUAUUAACAAUCUUGAGUUUAUGAAUCCUAGAAACUAAAAUCUAGACUAUGGAAAGAUGAAAAUAACACUUGUUACUUCUGCAUUUCUGUGUCUGAUUGGGAGACUGCUCUGAUAAAAAGAAAAGAUAUCAUUGUAUAUGUAUUCAGAUAUCAAAUAAGACUAUAUAUAGGUUCAUUUUUGUUAUAAGCUCUUAAUAUUGAAUUUAACACUUUUGGAUAUUAACAAAUUCAUUGGAAAACCAUUUUAACCUCAGUUAACUUUAAAAACAAGCAUUCUGAACAAAUAAAAAUGUCUUAUUUUAUUUUUAUGUAUUGCUUUAUUUCAAAUGACUUUUUACGUGACUCACUAGUCAAUAAUACAUAAUUAAUUGGUGCCUACUAUUUGGAAGCUUUACGACUCAUUAGAGCAUGAGACUAUUCUUUGAGGUGUCCAGAGCAGUUACUACUAUUCUCAUCACACAGAUGAAGAUAGGCUUAGAGAAAAAGCAACUAUAAAAAGGCAUUUUGGAGUCAAUUGCACAAAUGUGAAUAAGGACUGGGCAUUAAAUAUCAAAGAAUUAUUGUUUUUAUUAGCUAAGAUAACGGCAUUAUGGUUAGCUUUUUUCAAAAUAUCCACAAUUUAUAGAAAUAUGUAUUAAUGAAAUGACAUAUAAGAGUUGCUUUAAAAUAUUUUAGGAGAAAACCCUACGGCUGAUUAGAUGAGGGAAGUGUGACUUGAUAGUUGUAAGACUUUUGUUAUUUGCAGAGUCUGGGUGGUAGAUAGGUUUGAAAUUUUUCAGAAUUAAAACGAAACUACUUAAAAUAAAUGAUGCAGUGGAUUUAGAUGUGAGAUAACUUGGACACUAGUGACAGCACAGAUACAGUGACUGCACAAACACAUGCGCGUCUGUCUGCAGAAGAACCUCUUGUGUAUGACAAAGACUUUUACUCAAUUCUGUCAGGGCACUGUUAUACUCAUUUUGUAGUUACUGUGAAUGUUUGGAUAUGCUGGCUUGCCCUAAUAUCAUUUAUUUAGUUGGUUUCCUCAUCGAAAUUGUAAUUUUCUCUGAGGCUGUGAAGAUUUCUUCAAAUAUCUUUACGCUAGUCUUUUUCUGUUGCCCUUGCAUGGUUAAAUGCUUGCUGAAUUAAUAGACACUUUAUUUUUCUUUGUUUAGGAAGAUGUUGGAUGCUAAACAUGUAUCUUACUUAAGCUUCUUAUUGACAUAGCAAAUCCUAAACUUAUUUCAUAUAUAUCUGUUCCUUUUCUAAAUUUAAAUGAAACAGAAUGGCCAUUUAUUUCUCCCAUUGUAUAACAAUCUUCUGGAAAUAGUAGCUGGUAUAGGAUGCCUCAAAAAAUCCCUGUAACUCUACAGGGUGAGGGUCAACUUCUGAAGUGGUGAUUCCCAGUUAUUUUGUGAGAUGAAUGUUAAAGUCAUCCCCAGGGUAGAAAUUAGACUUUUAUUAAAAAGCUAUUUUACUAAUCAUCAAUUGAUAAAUAAACUUCACACUUUUGGUCUGUUCAUUA